AUGGGCCCCGGCUUCGGCGUGGGCCCCCGCGGCGGCUUCGGGGAGAAGGUGUUCCCCGUGGUUCGCCUGCGCGGCCUCCCCUUCAACGCCGGGGAGUUCGACAUCCUCGAGUUCUUCCAGGGCCUCGAUCCCGUGGACGUCUUGAUCGUGCGCAGGGACGGGAGGGCCACCGGCGAGGCGUACGUGCUCUUCGCCAACCCCAUGCAGAUGGACUUCGCCCUGCAGAAGAACCGCGGACCCAUGGGCCGAAGGUACAUCGAGGUGUUCCGAUCGAAGAAGCAGGAUUACUACUACGCCGUCGCACACGCGGUGAACGAGCCGACGCCCCAUGGGACGGAUUUCUACGGCGGCGAUAACGGGCUGGCUUCCGGCGCGGGACACCUCGCCCACGUCGCCGGCGUCGGUGGCCCCGCGCCGCCCGUCCCCCACGGCGCCCCCGCCGCGGUCAGGCCGCCGCAGGAGCACACCGGCGUGCUCAAGAUGCGCGGGUUGCCGUUCAGCGCGACCAAGGACGAUAUCAUCACCUUCUACGACGAUCCGGCGCUGAGCGUCACCGCGCCGCUGACCCACGACUCGAUCCACAUCGUCACCUCGCUCGAUGGCAGGCCGAGCGGCAUGGCGUUCGUGGAGUUCGCGUCCGCGGAGGACGCCAAGGCGGCGAUGUCGAGGGACAGGUGCACGAUGGGGUCGCGCUACGUCGAACUCUUCCCCUCGUCGCGGGAGGAGGCGACGAGGGCGGCGACGAGCGGCAGGUGA